GACUGCGAGAACGGGGAAGAAGCAGAGGACCAGAAAACACACUCGAGUUCGAGCAAUCAGAAAGCAUGUUAUUGUUGCCAUGGGUUACUUGAGCAGCGAACUCUCCUGUGGAGAUUGUGGACAGCCAAGCAAGUCUCUGUUAGAGUUGGUCUUCCAUUACACUGAACAUAGUGCAGAUGAUAUGUUCAGCUGUCAACUGUGUGCCAGAAGAUUUAAGAAGCAGGGCGGACUGUUGCGACACUACUCCAAUCACCACAAGAUUCGCAAACCGCAGCCCCAGCUGAUAAAAGAGGAAAAUUCCAGCACCGAUGUUCAGGUCAGCAGAACGAUUCAGUAUACUGAGCCACCUCGCAUUGCCACAGAAAGACAGAGGAGCAAGGAGCAAGGUGACGGCGACGUCUCAACGAUGCAUGUCGAGAUAAUCAACAUCUCUGAAGAGCGCCACCUAGUGGAAAAGAAUGCAGAGCCAACGCCGCUGCCGCCGCCGCCGCCGCCUGAUUUCUGGCUGUAUCGCAAAGAGCAGCGGAUCAACGGCCGCAAGUUCAACUACAUCGUAACGACGCUCUCUUGUUCAUUCUGCAGUUUCACGACGUGCACAGCGAAGCUGAUUGGCCAGCACCUGCGCACGCUGCACGGUGGCGCCCCCACACCGCUCCGCUGCAUCGACUGCGAGGAUCGCUUCGUCGACGCGGACGCUCUGCGGGUGCACAUCACGCGCAGCCACGAGUCGACGGCUGCCACGCUGCUGCAGCUGCGCCACCUGCUGGGCAACGAUAAGCGCGCGCACAGGGGUCGCCGGCGUCACCACAAGGGCCCCGUCGCGUGCGACGUGUGCGGCAGGGUGUUCCCCUGCCGGCAGUACCUCACCAAGCACGCUGCCAUCCACAGCACGGAGCUGCGGCACCCGUGCGCGGACUGCGGCAAGCGGUUCUCGACGCGCGCGAACCUGGCGCAGCAUCGCCGCGGGCACGCGCGCGACGCCACCUACCGCUGCACGCAGUGCGACUUUGCGUCAUCGCUGCAGCUCGCAGCACAGGCUCACCGACAGGUGCAUCCGCAGGGAUGCAUGCUCUGCGAGGUGUGCGGCGUCGCGUACAAGGACCGGUCGACGCUCGGCAAGCACAUGCAGGUGCACGACCCAGCGCGGCCGUUCCCGUGCGUCUACGCCGACUGCACGCUGCGCUUCAAGUCGGAGGUGAUGUGCCGCGCGCACGUGCGCGGGCACACGGCCACGGGACGCUUCAGCUGUGGCUACUGCGGCUAUGCGUUCAACCACAAGCACCACCUGACGCGGCACCUGACGCGCAUCCACGGCGUGGACGCACGCGAUCCGGCGAACAACGCCGCCGUCGUCUGCAACGACAUGGCGACGGACGUUGCCGCGGUGACGGACUCGAACACGCCGAUUGCAUACGAGACAGAGCUCUCGGCGCUCAGCAUGGGACUGCUGCCGAAUGCCGAGCCUAACCCGAUCUACACCACCGAGGAGGAACCAACGUAA